GGUGUGAAUCGCCAUUUCCACAUGAUUUGUAUCCGGGAUAAAUUCAGCCAGAAUAUCGGACGGCAGAUCUCAUCCAAAGUGAUCUGGGACCACCUCAGCACCAUGUAUGAUAUGCAGGCUCUUCAUGAAUCUGAGAUUCUUCCAUUCCCUAAUAUAGAGAAGAAUUUUGCUCUUCCUGAUGAAAUGAUUCAAGAAGUCAGAGAAGGAAAAGUAAUGAUGGAAGAAGAAGUGAAAGAGGAAAUUUUAAAAGAAGAGAUGGAAACACAUGCAGGUCCUGAAGAAGUUUUUGCACCCUCUGGAAGUUUAGGAAAAACAACAGAAAAGCCAAGCAGCAAAGAGAAAGAGAAAACUUCAUCAGAUCCUGGAUCCAAGGAAGGGUCUGAUAAGAGGAAGCGCAACAGGGUCACCGAGAAGGUUCUAAAUGCCAACAGCAACCCCUCGAGCCCCAGCGCCGCCAAACGCCGCAGGACGUAGAGCUGAGGAGCAGUGAAAAACUCUGGGAUGGGAGGAGGGAGCAGGAAAAACAAGGAGCAGCACAUGAACUUGCAGAGGAAGUAGAAGAGCCAGUAUUUGAGGAAUCCGCGCACUGGCUUUGUCUCUCCUGGGGGUUUGAGGAGCCACCUUCCCGGGGUGUGGGACAAAGCUGGCAGUGGGGAGGGUGGGUGUGACAGUGCCAGGGCUGCAUUUCAAACCAGCAACACUCUGUGUCAGCACAGCUCGUGGAAAGAGUGCCCCAUGGGGCACAUGGACCCCCAAAAGCAGAAGGUGAUUUCUGUGAAUGUGGGACUGCUUUUUCUGCCGUUGCUGUCUGUGACUUUACAGACCAUCUGUGGGUAAUGUUUGGCCAUUUCCCUUCCAUUUGUAUCAAAUGUCUCAAUUUGUUGGUUCAGUAAAACUAAAAUUAUUUUAAAUGCAGAUGACCACUGCAUUUGAAGUGUUCUGUUGCUCUCUUUGCUGGAGGAACCUCAUUUCACCCUUUUUGAUGUAACAUUUUUCAACCGUAAGCAAAGCUAAAAUUAUAACACCCCUAGCCCAAAUAAUUAAUAAGUGUCCUAAAUAAAAUAUCUGGUGAUGACACAUGGUUUUAUAAGGGAUCAGCCGAGCUGUGCCUGAACAUGGAGGUGUUGCUUCAUCCAUUUGUAAUACAGUAGUGUAUGACAGUGGGGUUUGUACUUAAUUAUUUAUUUUUUUAAAGCAGUUUUAGUAGAUGUGAAUGGAAUUGGUUUUCCAAAAUGUUCAUUUUGUUCUACAACUGAAGAAUCUUGCUGACAUUGUAAUGCUUAUCUUUUAUAUGCUAGAACUUUGAGAUUUGAUGAAGUUACUAUUUUUGUGUUGUCAAAAGAGUGAUUGCAGUCAACGCACACCUGGUAAAUGGUGAAUGAAGCAGGCUGAAAUGGUACUGAAUUUGUUUCAUUAUAUUAACUACCAGUUAAUAAAAAGAAGAAUUACUUCUUGAUCUCUCAGUAUUGCCUUCAAGGUGAGGCACUAGGAGUCUUCUCCUUUUUUUGUUUUAUUCUAGGUACAUAGCCAAGUUCUUGUCUGCCUAGUUUGCUUCUCUUGUUUUAUACAAAGAAUAAAUUUGACUUGUUUUUAUUUUACUAA